AUGGCAUUCAGUGGAAGUUCCUCAGGCUACAAGAAGAUGAAUAACUUUCUGAACAGUAGUGACCCUGGCUUUAAGAACAACUUGAGGGUUCUUGUUGUUGAUGAUGACAAGAUGGUGCGCAAUAUUACAAUGGCAAUGCUAAGAACCCUCAAAGUCGAAGGCAAAGAAGCAGUGAAUGGAAAGGAAGCUGUGGAUCUUUUUAUCGCAGGAGAGAACUUCAAUCUUGUGCUGAUGGAUAGGGAGAUGCCAGUUAUGACUGGUCUAGAGGCAACAAAGUACCUGAGGGGAAUGGGCGUGCGUGUGAAGCUGGUAGGUGUGAGUGCGUGCUCAACGGACAAGGAGAAGCAGGAUUUCCUCAAUGCAGGUGCUGAUGAAUUUUUUGCAAAGCCAAUGACUUGCGCUAAACUCUCCGCACUCCUGCAGGAAGUGGAUGAAAAUCUGUAG